AUGUCGAUAGUCACUGUAGGGGAGAAGCCGGUAAUCACUCGAGAGAAUAAUUUGCCUGUCGCCACUAAAGAGGAGGACAGGAAAAGAAAAACUUUGGCAGUUACUCAAGAUCAGGAGAAGAAGAAAAAGCCCGUCGAGGAGUCACCUUACAUUGUCGUUCAUGUGACGGCACAGGAUGGAGGUAAAUUAUUUUUCAAACUUCAGGAAACGACACCUCUGCAAAAACUUAUGAAGGUUUACUGCGACAAAAAAUUUAUGAAUAUGGAACAAAUUGCAUUUUUGUUUGAUAGCAAGAGAAUCAGAGGCAAACAAACUCCAAAAGAGCUAGAGAUGAUGGAUGGGGAUGAAAUUAAUGCUAUGCUGCAUAUGAACGGUGGAGGUUUCGCUUAG